GUAACACAAUUGCACAUAAAUAAGGAAGCUGCAGCCUGCUGUGAGAAAUGUUUAAAAUUCUUUAUGUUAUCAAAUACAUCCACGUCAACGUAAGUUGGAGAUAUUUUUCUGGCGAUAUAUGAUCAUGAUAUCAAGAAUUACUCCUUCCAUCUAAUAAAACGCAAACAUUGACAUGGGGUCUGUCUUGAGCUCUAAAAAGAAAACUAAUGGUUUGAAGUUGAUGAGAUUAAUUGUUGAUGUUGGUGGAGAAGCUUUAAGAAUAACAUUGAGGAAACAACUCUCAGGUACUGAUUUAUUUAAUGUUUUAAAUAAGACAGAAAAUUAUAAUAAGCUUUUAUUGCUAAAAGAUAAGCAAAUAAAGCAACAUCAAUGGGAUCUACUGUAUCCUCCUCCUCCAAUAUUACCAAAUGAAAAUAAGUUUGACAUUACUUUACUUUGUAUUCUCCUGCGUAAUAUUUGUGGUUUAAAAUCACCUCGUGAUCGAAUAUGGACGUCAGUAAAUGACCCCACUGAUUAUUCAACUGAAGCAGAUAUUACCCGUAUCAGGUUAUUUCGUAAUGAUCGUUUUGCACACUUACCUAACACUUCAGUAAGCUCUAAUGACUUUCAAAAUUUUUGGGUAGAAAUAAGCGAACCAUUAGUUCGUUUAGGAAUAAGUCAGGAAGAAAUAGAUAGAUUGAAAAAUGAGUUGUUUGGUAAUGAAGAAUGCCAAAAAAUUUUGAGAGAAUGGGAUAUGUUAAAGAGCGAUUUAACUGAUAUUAAAACUAAUCAGAAAGGUAUUAAGAAAACAGUGGAAGGUGUCAAGAAAGAAUUGCAACAGGUAAAAGAUAGUGUCGCAGUAGUUAAAGACGAAGUACAUGAAAUACGACAUCACCCUCACUUAGGUCCAGAAGAAGAUAUUUUGACAAAAAACCUUGUUAGCUGUAACUUUGAAAGCGACAUUAAACAUCAUUAUGAAAAAUUUUUAGAGGGAACACGGGAAUGGGUUUUUGAUGAGUUUUUAGCUUGGUUCGAAGACGACAGUUCUCAAAAUCGUGCAUUUGUUAUUUCUGCUGUUCCUGGUAUGGGUAAGUCUGUAAUUGCAGCUACUUUAUGUAAACGUUUUCCUCGAUAUUUGACUGCAGUUCAUUUCUUUCAACACAACAACAGUCGUUACAAUAAAGCCAAUGUACUUCUUCAAUCUUUAGCGAUGCAAAUUAGUCGUAAUUUUCCUGCAUACAAAGAACUUCUUGAGAAAAAACUUUCAGGUAAACUCUCAGAGCCUUUGAAUGACAUGAAUGUUGAAGGACUAUUUUCCCUUCUUUUUACUGAGUUGUUUUGUGAAAUCUCAGAAGUUCCCAAGCCGAUGUUAGUUGUACUUGACGCCCUUGAUGAAUGUGGUUAUCCAGAAAGAGAUGACCUUGCUAAUUUGAUUGCUAAUCACUUACACAAACUUCCGCCUUGUUUUCGCUUUGUAAUUACAACAAGACCUAACGAAGCUGCUUUAAAUAAGUUCGAAAAAUUAAAUCCAUUGUUCAUUACUUGUAGCGAUUAUCGCAAUUUAAAGGAUAUUAAAUUAUUGAUUAAAGAAAGAAUAGGCUCUACUGACAGCCUUUCUGAUUUUAAAAAUAUUUUGGCAAAAAAAGCUGACGGACUUAUGUUGUUUGCAUCGCUUCUUACCAGUGAAGUCAAAAAUCAGGGUUUGUUGAAUGUGUCCAUACCAAAAGAUCUCAAUGAAUAUUACGAAAUUUCCUUAACAAGAUUAAGUAAAGAAUUAGAUUCGUUUCAUAUCAGUAACGAAAAGUUUCAGUCAAUUUUAAAUGCUCUGGCUGUUGCUAAAGAACCUCUUCCUUGGAAAAUGAUUGAUGACGUUCUUUGUUUGAAUUCGAGUCGCGAAUCACUUGGGGUUAGAAAAAUUAUCUCUUGUCUGAUUGUUAGCAAUGGAGAAGGAUGUGUUUCGUUUUUUCACAAAUCCUUAAAUGAUUGGUUGUUGGAUGAUCGAGAACAUGAUUAUUCAGUAAAAACUUCUUGUGGUCAUCGACUUGUUUUAGAAGUUUGUUUAAAAUCUUUGGAUAACCUCAAAGCUGAAGGUGUAAACUAUGACGUCAUUAAACAUGUGACAGUGAGGUAUUCAGUCAAGUAUUGGUUGCUUCAUUUACUUAAUAUUUCUGAUAAUGAUUAUAUCGUUGAAAAUGUUGGUAAAUAUCUUCUCGACUUGGAAGUUUUAGUUGCUUCUGUGCUGGUUGAUGGUCGUCGGACUGUUGAAAAUUUUUCUUUAUUCAACGCACAUGAUGUGUACUUUCUUAUUUCUGAGGAUAUUCGAUUGUUAUUUAAUGAAGUGUAUUCUGUAAUGACGUACUCUAUGUUCUCUGACAAUGAGUUAUUUUUUUUGCGACAAGUUGCCAACGUAGUCAAAGAUUUGUCGUCUCAAGCCACCAUAAUGCUUCAAACACGUGUGAAAAACAGCUAUUUUAGUGAGCUCAACGACACUGGAUUUGUGAAGGCUCGGUUAUUACGUUUAAAUAAACGUUUGUUUUGUGUUGAUGUUUCACAAAAUCAUGAUUAUGUCAUCUGUGGUUAUGAAGGAUGCACCCUUGAUACGGUACUAGAUGUUAACGGUAAAAUAUCUUCCAGUCCCUUCCAUUGUGAUGAUUCUACUUCCAAGUUCUUUACCAACAAAUGUUUUUCCAGGGAUAAGUACACAAUGGUCACAUAUUUCAAAGGUACUUUGACUGUAUGGGACGUUAUGAAAGUUGCAAAGCCGGCGUUGUAA